UGAACUAACCUCUGUAGCUUCAGCCGCGAGAGCUCUCUCCGCGAGGGCGAUGUUAUUUCCCUCGAAACGAGCAUAAAAAGUAUUUAGCUCAUCCGGUAGAGAGGCAGCGGUGUUCAUGGCGGAGUUUUUAUUCCCUUUAAAGUCCGUGAUGAUGUUAAUUCCCUGCCACAUGCUUCUAGAGUUGGUGGUGUUAAACUGUCCUUCAAUCUUGCUCCUGUACUGGCGUUUUGCGGUUCUGAUAGUUUUUCGGAGGGCAUAACUGGCUUGUUUAUCUUGAUUUACAUCUUGAUUUAAGCUCAGCUAAAGACUUUAUAUUAGUUAUGUAGUUCAAUAAUUGAACAAGAACAAAAUGGAGCAAGAUUCAGUUAGUUCAGAAGAGGGGCGGGUCCACCAAAAGUGAAAGUUCACGAGUGAGAGCCAUUUUACUGAAGAACAAACACUGUGAUAUCAGACUGUUCUGUGUGAUCAGGAAACCUGAACAUUAAAAGAUAAAAACAUCACGUUUGGACAGGCGGCUGAUACAAAUUACAAACGUGAUGGAGCGCUCACACAGUCGUGAUCUUCGGCUUUUGCUGAUCGGAAAAACAGGUUCAGGAGUGAGUGCUUCUGGAAACACCAUACUGGGAGAAAAUGUGUUUCCUUCAAGACGGAGCCUGACCUCCAUCACUGACAGAUGUCAAAAACACACGGCUGAAGUUUCAAAUAAAAGCAUCACAGUUCUUGACACUCCAAAUUUCUUUCAUUCCAGAAACAUCGAUCUGCUCAUGGAGUUAGAGAGAGGAUUGAAAAUGUGCUCUUCAGGACUCCACGCGACGCUUCUGGUUUUCUCUGUAGAUACUUUCACUCUACAAGAUGCAGAUGUGGUAUCAUUAUACAAGCAGACAUUUGGUGAGAACACUAUGAAAUACACAAUUGUCCUAUUUACACAUGGAGAUGAACUUAAAUACAAAUCAAUCGAACAACUAAUAAAACAGAAUGUGCAGUUGUCUAAUCUAGUUGAGGAGUGUGGCGGGAGAUUUCACUUACUGAACAAUAAAGAUCCAUCAAACAGAGAUCAGGUCAUCAAACUCCUGGAGAAGAUUGACAGAAUGAUGUCUGAAAAUAACAACAGCUGCUACACACUGGAGAUGUUCCUCAAAGCUCAAUCAAUAAGAGUCCGUCUGCAGAGAUUUAUCAGACCUCAAUAUCUGUAUGUGAUCAGUGCUGUCAUUGUAUUUGUCAUGGGAUAUAAUAUGAGGAAUACAAGUUUUCUUGAUGUUAAAACAUUUCUGAAUGGUUGUGUUGGGGCCGUGUUAAGAGGACUGACUGGAGAUCAGUAAGAAUCUCAGAAGGAUGUUCAUAAGAUUUAAUCCAUUGGAUCUCAAAGUGACAAAUGGGGGAGUAAUAAUGUGUAUCUCAUGAUCUGAUCACUAGUCUUUGCCUCUAAUAACCUCAGCAAUCUGGACUGAAUGUUGAAAACUCACAGCAAUAUUGUGAAUAAUAAGUCAUUGUCAAUAAAAUUGUUUUCUGAUGAAAAUAAACUGAUACAAAGUAA